AUGGUAAAGAAGAAGUGCAGAAGAAAUUGCUUUUGGGAAAAAGGAAGCCUUAAAGUAUUGGAUCCUGACCAUGAAACCAAUUCCAUUGCUGUGUUUGGAAAACCCAAUGGCAAUCAAGGGCUCACGGACUUUCUGUUUUACAAGGCUUCUGACCGACAGAGAGGCGAACUAAAGGAGCAAUGGAAGGAUGUUCGAAAUCUGAUGCCCAAAGCUAUGAAACAGAAGCCUGAUGUUGCACGGGGCAAACAAUCAGCUGCUUUGUACCAGCGGUGCAUCUGUUUUGGUUAUCGUAAGGAUCCAAAAGGAUCAGACAUUGGAGAAUAUGCAUACCAAAAGCAUGGAAAAAAAGACAAUGAGUCUGGUGACAGGGGGAUUUCUGAUAAGUUUUGGCAAUUGAGUGAAAGCCUAGAGGGAAUAUCUAAUCGAUUUGGGAAGCAUUUGUUUGAAGCUAAGUGGAUGGAUGAUCUGCGACAGAGAGUGCUGUUGCCAUCAUUUGCUGGCGGUAAAGCCAAAGCAACGCAGUUUUCUGUUGGCAUUAGAUAUUGGUCAGUCGCACACACUGAUGAUGAUUAUUACUUUACAACCUUGUCAUGUCUAUCCAAGAAUGAAGCUGAUCAUGAUAAAGUGUUGUACUAUUUCAUUUUUCCCUCUUACAAGGUGGCAGUGCCAAUGAAAUUGGGAGACAUUAUAUUCUUCAACCCAUUGGAGCUGCACUGUUGUUCUAAUCCAAGCUUACCAGAUGCUAUGAUAUUCAGUUUGUAUGUUUCUGCCAAGACUUUCAAUGCUCGAUUUGCUUCAUAUGCAAAAAGUACUUAA